ACCACAGAAUAACUCUUGAAAUUCUUGAUCGACUCAUCUUGUAGACCUCUACAAGACCUUGUUAAAUUCAGCAGUGAAGUUCUACAGCUCUAUUUAAAGUGAGCUGGCUGAAUAAAGGACAGCGAGCCUUUUAGUUUAAGCAGGUAACACGGCCCUUGUUUGUGUGUUGGACAAGCAGCUCUUCGGCAUGAGCAAGGAGACUCUUCCCAUUCUGGCUCCACUGACCCCAGGGCGUGGCGGGGAUACAGGUGUCACUGGAGAUGCUGCAAACCCUGAGGAACCUGCACUGGGCAGGGCCUGCUCACCUUCCUCCUUCUCCCCUUACUGCACCAGGGGUGUGGAGGGGACAGACCCCCAUAAAAACGGCACUGAAGCCCUCUCCCACAAGCACUACUCUGAAGCUUCUUGUCAGUGAAAAAAAAUCUGCCACAACUGUUCGGGGGUUUUUUUGUAGUGUAGCCUGCUUUAAAAUGACUUGACAGCAAAAGCGAAGAGAAUUGCCGGUCACUUCGUGUGUUUCGUCAUGGAAGCGUUGUCGCUUGGUUUUUUCUAUCUAGCGAAGUUCCUCGGCCGGGGGGGACGGGUAGGAGGUUCACAAGCCCUGAGGCCGAGUGCUGGGCGGGCCCCGGCCCGGGCUCGGCCGGAGGGGAAGGGCGGCUCCGCGGGACCGCUGCCCGGCCGAUCCCCACGGGGCGCCGCCGCGCUUCGUGGGAGCCCGCCCGCGCCUUGGCAGCGGUGUCGUCGCGCUCCGCGGAGGUGCCCCCAACUCCUUCCCCUAGAUCGACUUUGUCCCACUUUCCGCCCCCGCUGCUGGGGAUGCCGCCUCCUUCCUGCACGGCCUCCGGCUGGCAGCGCGGCAGUUCCCGGCUUCGGCAUCCCCGCAGGGAGCCCCGGCGUCGUGACUCAGCACUUAGGCACGCACCGCCGGCUCCCGGCGGACCGGAAAAUAAACCGGGAAGCGCUGAGCGCCGCCCCCAGAGCAGCUGCCGGGAGAGAGGACGGGGUCGGAAUUCAUGUAAGGCAGAGACUGUUGGUUCCAGCAACAUGGAAGCUGAUGUCAGCUUGAAGUUCCGUCAGCAGCUUCUGCUCAUUGAUGAAAAUCUGGUGGCUGAAGAUGUAGCAGCUUUAAAAUUUCUCUGUACUGACUUGCUCCCCUUCAGAAAACUAGAAAGCGUGAAGUCAGCAGUGGACAUCUUUCAGCUUCUCAUGGCUGAAGAAUAUCUGAAUGAGGAAGAUACUUUCCUACUAGCUGAACUCUUAUAUAGAAUUAAAUGUCACUCCUUGCUCAAGAAACUUGGUUAUACCAAGGAGAAAGUGCAAGAAUGUCUGCAUGAGAAAGGAAGGGUGUCUCCAUACAGGCAGAUGCUGUAUGAAUUGUCAGAAAACAUUACCAAUGAGAUGUUGAAGGAUAUCAUAUUCCUCCUGCAAAACUGUCUUCCAAAGCGACGGAUACCUCUUGUAUGUGAGGAGAGAGCCAAAUGUUCUGCUCUGGAAUUGCUGAUUUUAUUGGAAAAACAGGGCCUUUUAACUGAAAACAAUGUACAGUUGCUGGAGGAAGUCUGUAUGAAUGUUUCACCUGAUCUCCUGGAAACAGUAAACUGCUACAAAAGGGCAAAAGUGUCUUUCCCUCAGCAGGAGAACACUCUGCCUGUCAAGGAAUCUUCACUGUCUCACACUGGAGACUUCAGAGUAUUCACUUCCCCACAGGAGACCGCAAUCAAGUCUGUUGGUUCUAAUAUCAAUGAUAACAAAGCAGCUAAUCUUACACAAGGCUUCUCUGAUAUGAACCUGGAGCUGCCUGGAGAAUUCAGCAAUGUAGAAAAUGAAUCCAAGAAGAUGACAAGCUACAAAAUGGAUGGACCACACAGAGGAUUUUGUCUUGUUAUUAAUAAUGUUAACUUUGAUAAGUCUCUUCAGAAGAGGAAGGGUUCUUGCAGAGAUGCUGGGGAACUGGAACGAGUAUUCACAUGGCUUGGUCUGGAUGUCAGGACUUACACAGAUCUGACGUCUCAGGAGAUUAAAGAUCUCAUGCGAACUUGGCAGCAUUUGCAAGAUCACAAAGACAGGGACUGUUUUAUAUGUUGUAUUCUAUCUCAUGGAGAGUCAGGAGCGAUCUAUGGGAAGGACGAGGAACUUGUGUCAAUCCGCAUGAUCAUGUCCCACUUCACUGCCAAACAAUGUCCACAGUUGGCUGAAAAACCCAAACUCUUCUUUAUCCAAGCAUGCCAGGGUAAAGAGAUACAGUGUCCUGUCUAUGUUGAAGCUGAUGCACGAAUUCCUGACUUGUCUUUCAUGCAACAGAGCAUUUCUCCUUCUGAAAGUAUUCCUGAAGAGGCUGAUUUCCUCCUAGGCAUGGCCACAAUUGAUGGAUAUGUCUCUUUCCGGCACAUUCAACAGGGUGCUUGGUAUAUUCAGGCCCUGUGCAGCAAGCUACAGUUGUUGGUCCCAAGGGGUGAAGAUAUUUUGUCGAUUCUUACAGAAGUUAAUGAAGACGUGGGGAGACGUGUUGACCGCUUGGGGACAAAGAAGCAGAUGCCCCAACCAGCAUAUACCUUAAGAAGAAAAUUUAUAUUCCCAAUACCUAGAGACCCUCCUCCUUCACAGCAACAUUGAGGCUUUUAAAAUACAUCCUUUUAUCAGCACACCUCAUUUAAAUGCAAUUCACCACACGACCUGUUUUAAAGCAGUUACCCAGAGUCCUGAGGAACUGUUAGCUUCAAGGCAAGGCCUCAAAAUUUUUUGCCAAACAAACUGUGAAACUGGAGGAGACGCAAUUUAAAGCAAUCCAUGUGCCAGCUAUUUACAUCAUCUAUAUAUUCAGAGUUAUCAGGGUUGGGGGAAGCAUGCUUCUAUCAUGUUAAACGUUUUUGUACCUGCACAGACCACAGAUAUAAAAGUGUUUUUCUGAUGUUAUAAGGAUUGCAUGUAGCCUUCCAUAUCUAAACCAGGAUUGUUAAUGGUCUGGUUUAGGCUCAUCAUGUUUUAUUUUGCAGGCUAACAAUUUUAAAUCCUGCCUCUAAAUCCACUAGCUAUGUUCACAGAGAAAGACAAAGGUGGGAAUGAAGAGGAGAAAGCUUAAGUAGUAAGUGGAAAAGGAUUUCUUCCAGCUCUAAUUUAAAUUAUGUUUAACUUAAUGGAGAACCAGUUAACUGUUGAAAUCAGUAAUUUGUUUCACAGUGCACACUGAUACCGUCUAAUGGCUAACAUAAACCUCUUGUACGAUGAGGUCUUUCCAGAACUGAGUAAAGCCAAAAUGCUGUGUAGUAUUCCCUCUGUGAAACCUUGUGAACUGUCAUUUCCCCAUCACUUCUGGGAAGAAAGGGUAGAAGAUUUGCACGCUAUGAAAUAUGCAUUGAGCAGUGUAUCUGUAUAGGUUUAUCAGCUUGAUUAACUUUGUAAGCAUUAAAUUUUCUGAUUAUCGUUUCUUGUUUUAAGAUGUAAAAUGCAGCCAUAUGAGAAGCCAUGCUCCUUGUUCAUUAAGCUUCUAACAAAGCAUUUUGUGAGUUAAUUGAAAUAAUGUCAUGUUGUUUUACUAUGAGCGUUUACUACAUAUGUCUGUGUCCUUCCUGUUUGUUACUGCAUUAAAUUCAUACUUCUUUUUAAGAGCUUGGUGAGAUAAAAAUUGUGUACUGGGGUAAGGCUUAUCCUUGUUUCUGAGUGGCCCCUGCACUUUUUUGGACUGCAUGGAUCAGUGGGGUUUUAUCUGGCUCAGGGUUUAAGCUGAAGUGAAACUUAGUUUAUUUCAGCAAAACACUGAUUGUUAUAUAUUAUUAUGAGCCAUAAGUUAGUGUGAAGAUUUGAAAGAGUCUAGUGUGAAAUUUGAAACUGUCUAGUGCUGUUGGAUGCAAUUUUUAGCUUACACUAUCCAGGAUUUUUAGGAGGGAAGUUUUGCAUCAUACAGAGCAUUGAAAUGCAGCCAGUUUGCCAAAACAUAAUGGUCACUUUUUAUCAUGAUGAAUUGAUAGUUGUGUUUUUUGCGUUAGUUGCAUUUUGAGUGUUCUGAGUUAGUAUGGCUGCCAUGCGUGAAGUCACUUUUGUGCCACAGAUAGAAAAUGUUUUGUCUGUUAGUAGAAUAUAUAACAUGUUGUAAUAGAAUCAUGAAGUUUCUGGCUCGCAAUUACUGUUCAGACUUGGUGCACUCUUGUUUUGUAUGUUUAGGUAACAAUUGAAUUUUUAUCACUACGGAGUAAACAUUGACAACAAUUUUGA